AUGGAAGAAACAGAGCUUUACUUCGCUUUUGGGUCAAAUCUGAGCGCAAGAAAAAUGCGGGAACGCGGCACUAGGUUCAUCUCUCGUGAAAGCGCAGUGCUUCGAGGAUUUCGCGUCGUAUUUAGCAUAUGGAAAGACGAUGGCUUUGGUUAUGCUAAUAUUAUCCCAGAUAAGGAGUCAACCGUUUAUGGUGCCUUGUACAUCUGCUUGAAAGGAAGUUUAGCCAAGUUAGAUGAACACGAAGCAGGGAGGCUUCGAAAAGUGAUGGUACAGGUGGAAAGGAAAAGCGGCGAAAUCGUGGAUGCGAUAGCGUAUCAAGCUUAUGAAGAGUAUGUUAAAGAGGGGCUAAAACCGAGCCAAAUUUAUCUUAAUGAAAUACUUGAAGGAGAGGAUCUUAUUCCUAAAGAAUAUGCUGACUACUUUAGAAACUUCUUGUGCGACAAAACUGAGAAGUGAAGACUGACGAGAUCUUUUUAAUUCAGUCAACAAUUUUAGAAAAGUCAAGAGAACAUCACUUCGAAGUUUAUCCUUAUAAUGGAUUGACGUAUUAUUGUAUUUAAAUUGCAAGAUUUUAUUUCGGUUUAUCAGUGUUUUGAGAGCUGGGCUGCUGGGGGUUAGUUGGUCAGUUAGUGACGGACCAUUAAAAAAGUAAUGGGGGGCGUGGUGGGUUUUUUUUGCCUGGCAAGAAUUUUUUUUUCUGGCUGAUUGCUUGUGCAAGAGUGCAACCCUCUGUAGCAAUUGUUGGGCAUUAAAUUAAUUGAAAAUGACGCUACUUUGUUUUAUUACAGAGGUUGUAUUAUAAACGUGACUUUUACGACGAUGCCUAUAUAUCGAGCCACGACUCGAGCCAGGAUUCCAGUUAGAACGUUUCUAAUUUUUCUGUAAGCAAAAAGAAAAUAACUAAAAAUAAUAAAUAAACAAAUAAUACCUACCCUACCCUAACCCUAACCCUAACCCUAACACUAACCCUUACCUCCAUGAUUGCCACGAAAACCCUCCUUUUAAUGGUCAUGUCACUUGCAGGAGGUGAAAAUGGCGGGAAAGCGAAAAACUGUCGAGUCCUGCGUCGAGUCCUGGCUUUGAUAUAUGUUAGUUUAUCCGUGCAAAAACGUGUGCUGCAAGUGCAAUUUUUUUCUGUUUCCUUAUUAGAUCUAUUCAUUUUGUUGCCGUUCUGCCAUAAGAAGUGAUCCUAAAUACCAGUACAGAAAAAAUUCUUUCCUUCGGAUUCAAAAAUACCGAGCAACAGUCCGAGUUUAAACUUGUCACGUGUUCAAAUUUCAGAAUCGCAAUAUUAAAUUGGAUUGGAUCUUUGGAUCUGAAGUAAAACCUUGGAUCCGGAGUAAUAACUUUGGAUCCCUAGCAAGAACUUUGGAUCUCAGGAAUAAAAACGUUAGAUCCAAUUGAAAAAAAACUGUGGAGUCGGGGAAAAUAGCUAUGCCGGAUAAUGAAAUCCAUGUUAGUUGGAUAAAAACUUUGGAUCCAAAAUAUAUAGUUUACUUUGCUUAGAAUGUUAUUUCAGAAUAAUUCAAACCCAUACUGAAGUAACUCCUGAUUAGCUCGUCUCUCUCCGCUAUUUAAUGAUGCAAAUCACCACCAAUAUAAGGCGGUAGGACGGCGCUUGAUAAAUGAAUUAACGCAAAUAGCACAGAGAUUUCUCACGUAUGCGCCAUUUUUGUAGAUUACUUGCUUGAUUUUCGACGAUUAAAAAGUUAUCGCGCGAUAAAUUUCCCAGUCAAAGGAAACUUUAUCGCGAGCUCGAACUUUCUAAGACAAAGUAAACUAAAUCGAACGAUAACUUAGCGAAAAAAAAUAAUGUAAUGUCCGCUUUGGGCCACCGUAGAUUCCUCAUUGAACAUGAUGCACAGCCAUAGUAGAAUGCGCACUGAAUCCAGGUAAAACGUGGCUCUUCAAAGAACUUUUGUGGACUGACGACUGUCAGUAGUUUUCAGAUGUUCGAUAAAACUCUCACAACUCCCUCAAACAGACCCGUCAAAAACUCGCAUGGAAAACAGGAAAUGUUAUAAAGGAAUAAAUAAUAACCUCAUCUGAAAGAUGAAGAUGGUGAAAGUUUGACAUAACAAUGACCCCCCACACAACACAACACAAGCUAAAGUUUCGUUACGUCCACGGCUAAGAGUCUAAGUCUAAGUUGACCAGAAAUAAAUUCCAGACGUUCUUUUCUCAUAGCUCCCUAAAAAUUUUCAAGCGUGCGUUCCUCAAAAAUCGAGAAAACCUUUAGGGCUUGCGUUUCUCAAAACUUCCUUGAACAUUUAGGGCCCGAGAAGCAUUUUUCAAGUUGAUGUAGUAACAAACGAGACUCGCGUUUCUGUCGACAUUGGGACUGGAUUUUAAGGUUAACUAGCGUAAUGUGUCGGGCGAGAAAGCGGCUAACACUUCAGGCUAAAUUUGGGUUAGAAUUUUGCUUUGACCCUUUCUUGUUGCAUGCAAUACCUAAAUGAUAAAUUCUCUCUGACAUCAAAUGUCAGAGGAGCUAUAUAAUAGGGACUUAGACGUUUGUUUUCGUCAGAAGUGCCUCAAAAUAAAAUUGCCGCCUACCUUCUCCACAUAAAUAAACACUAAAUGUUAUUUCUAAGGGGCAAAUAUAAAGGGAAUUUUAGCAGUUAAGGAGGUUUCUGUGUAAGUAUGUAUGAGGCAGCAGAAUUCCUUUCAAGUUUAAAAUAAUCGUUUGGUCAUCAGAGUAAACUUCAUUAUAGUCUCUAGCCAACCCUACCCUACCUUAUACUACUCCCAACCCUACUAAGCACGCACCAUAUCUAGUUCAAUCACACACAUAAUAGGGGUAACGCCUUUGAAGGUUUUUUUUUUUAAUUAAUUGUUUUUGCUGACAACGUUUUAUCCCAGGCAAGAUCAGGCAGAAGGGCAUAAAUCUCAGCUCUCUAUGGAAGUUUAGGACCACUUUUUAUAAUAUCGACGUAAGGGAGCUUGACCAACGACGACGGCGACGACAACGAGAACGGCAACAAAACAAUAGGUUUAGACAAGAGAGAAUGAGCUAGAUCAAUCUCUCUUGGUUUAGAUUGGCAAAACAACAAGGCUUUGCAUGUGUAUCUUGCUUUUUUCUACAUUUCCUUGCCGUCGCUGCACUACUACAACGUGAAAGUGCUUAAUUUCACGUUUUGUCGAGGGCGUGAACGAAGACAACGACGUUCUUUUUCUUUUCCUGAACUUUGAUACAGUCUUUAAAAAUUCAACUCCAGAAAAAUUCGCCGUCGUUGUUGCUUAAGUUCAAAUUCAUUUUGCAAUGAUUGUCAAUGCCUCCCUAUUGACAUCGGGGACGAUAUCGUAAUGUAUAUACUUUGGCAAAUUCAUUUACCAAGACGCAAAUCUUUUUUAACCCCUCCCUCUUAUUGAUACCGGAUAUAGAAGAGGUCCCUCUCAAAACUUAAAAUAAAUUAAUACACGGCCCCAGGGGUUUAAUAGAUCUUUUAGGGUAUAGGUCAGUUUAGGGGAAGGAACGUCGUCCCUUUAUUUAAACUUCCUUUGUACCCCUUAGAAAUUAAUUAACUAGGAACCUCAAAAGGGCAUACAGCCGGGAAACGUACUGUUUUUCAAGGAAUAUAUAUAAAAUAUGUCAUGUGACAAAAAAUAUUCGGGAACUGGUAGCCUGCGUAGCAAGCGUUUCCAGUCGAGUUAUAGCGCGAAAUUUGGAGUUUUUUUGCCAGCGUUCCAGUUUUCUCGACGAACUCGCGCGGAACCGCUUGCUACGCAGGCUAGGGAACUGGGGAAGGUUGUCCAUUUUAAUCAUGCAAAGACUGAAGCUGGUUUGUGUGCUUUCAUAUUUGCUGGAAGCUGAAUUACUUAUAACAGGUAGACAAAGAUACAGCCAAAUCUCUAUUAACCGGACACCAGCGCAUUUCCAGAGCUUCUGACAUUUAAUAGGUGAAGUCGCAGCAACGGAAUAAUAAUAAUAAUAAUAAUAACUUUAUUAAUCUCCUUAAAAAGGUUUUCAGCUUAAUUUACAAUGUCAAAUAUCUAAAACUUAGUUUUCCAAAAAUGCCCUUAAAAAAUGCUGUUUUAUUUUAACCUUAAAUACAUCUAAAUUAGUGAUAGACUGAAACUCGUCUGGGAGACUAUUCCACAGCCUUUGGCCUCUGAAGGUAAACGCGCGCUGAAUGAGACCAUGAAAACCACAGGAUUUGCUUUACCUGGUGUGCGUCUCUCAAAACUGCGGGGAACGUUACAUGCCUAAACAUAAUUUUUCAAGUUUGUUUUCUAGCACUUGGGAUUAGCUUUUUUGACAAACCUUUCCAAUUCAUUUCUCUAUUUUACAGCCGGCGCUUUCCUAAAAAUAGUCAAAAAAUACUACAAAUCCGACUUCAUUUCAUGAACAAAGUUCACGUAAAAUAGUCUUUCGGGAAUUUCGAGAAAUGCGGACCUGUGAUAAAAACGUAGAUCCGUGAUGUAAACGAAGCAGCGGGAGAAAAACCCCUGGUAUCCAUUGCUUGCUUUAACAGUAAUGUCUUACCUCAUGUAUGAGUAUUUUAUGUAA